AUGGCGCCGAUACAUAGAAUCUUUUCAUCAGUCAACAACAAGCCCUACCGAACUACAAAACUCGAAGAUGAAAAUCCUCCCUACUUGAAUGAGGAUGGCUAUGUUGACUUUGCGCCUAACGAUAUAAGGAACCCCCAAAAUUGGUCCACGCCUCGAAGAUGGGGUGUAACAUUAGCUGCUGUGAUGCUCGUUCUUAAUGCCACUUUUGCCUCAAGUUCACCAAGUGGUUGCUUCCCAUCCCUAGCAAAGCAUUUCCACGUGUCUGAACUGGUCGCCGGCCUGACAAUCACUCUAUUUCUCCUGGGAUACUGUGCCGGACCGCUUGUCUUUGCGCCCCUGAGCGAGGUGUACGGACGAAGAUGGAUCUUUUACAUCACCUUCACGCUGUACAUCAUCUUCAACUUUCUAUGUGCUUGGGCACCCAACUUUGGCGCCCUUCUCGUGGGACGUUUCCUCACUGGGACUUUCGUUUCUGCGCCUCUUAGCAACGCACCAGGUGUACUGGCCGAUAUCUGGUCACCUCUCGAACGCGGCAAUGCCAUGGCUGGAUUCGCUGCCAUGGUAUGGGUUGGUCCGGCUCUGGGCCCAGUCAUUGCAGGCUUCCUGGAGCUCAAGAAGGAUUGGCGGUGGAGUUUCUAUGUCCUGCUCUGGCUUGGUGGCGCGACUGCAAUUAUCAUGUUGACCAUCCCUGAGACACAUGCUCCAACGCUUCUUACCAAGAAGGCACGAAGAAUCCGCAAAGCAAAGAUCCCUGGAUACGAGAACGUCAAGUCCCAGUCUGAAGACACUGACCGGACUUUGGCAGCGGUGUACAAGAUUGCACUAACUCGACCAUUCAUCAUAUUCUUCGACACCAUAUCAUUUCUAUGUGCCAUCUACAUGUCUGUUGUUUACACUUUGCUGUAUAUGCUUUUCAGCAUAUAUCCUAUCGUCUUUCAGCAGCGACGAGGUUGGAAUAGCGGCGUGGGAGAGCUGCCUCUGAUCGGAACAGUUAUUGGUGCAUGCAUUGGAGGGUUUAUCGUAUUGAUCGACUCGCACAUUCGAAAGAAGAAGAUUGAAAAAGGAGGAAAACAAAUGGAACCAGAAGACCGAUUGCCAUUGGCCAUGGUUGGCGGUGUUACAUUUGCUAUAACCAUGUUUUGGUUUGCAUGGUCGGCUGAGUAUAACUCUAUCCAUUGGAUCGUGCCGACAAUAGCAGGUACAUUACUUGCUACGUCUCUAAUGCUCAUCUUCGUUGCCUACUUGACAUAUCUCGUGGACGUAUACCUCAUGUACGCCGCGUCAGCUAUUGCAGCAAAUACCAUCAUACGAUCAGCAUGUGGCGCCGCAGCACCUCUUUUCACAAACCAAAUGUUUAGCGCUCUUGGUAUUGGCGGCGGCGGCAGUCUCAUCGGUGGUGUUGCUACUAUUUUGGCUGUUAUCCCGUUUUGGUUUUACAAGUAUGGAAAACAGAUCCGCAUCAGAAGUAAGUUUGCUCCUACAAAGGACAAACAGGAAGCCAAAGAGAGGGAUGAGGAAAAGGACGCUGUUGCUGGUACUGGUACUGGUGAUAGACAGAACAGUGUCUUGUCUAACGAUGUCUCGGAUGGAUCGGAUUCGACAGCGGCUGCGAGAUAG